AUGGAUCUCGCCUUGGUCACCUUUCCGCCCGUGACGGAACAUACUCACACAGUCGUCUUCCUUCACGGACGGGGCGGAACUGCCAAAUCACUCGCCGCUUCCCUGCAUUCCUCGCCAACGUCGCAGGGCCUUUCCCUGCCGGCCGCCUUCCCAUCGUUCCGCUGGGUCUUCCCCCAAGCGAAGUAUAGCUACCGCGCCGCCAACCCCAUCGAGUACAUCUCCCAGUGGUUCGACUCAUGGAAUCUCCAGGACUUUUCCGAGCGCGCAGAGGUGCAGGUCGAGGGCCUACGGGAGAGCGUGGCGCUAAUACGCCGCCUUCUCCGCGACGAGGCGCAACUGCUGGGAGGCCGGUGGGACAGGAUCGUCCUCGCAGGGAUCAGUCAGGGUGCCGCUACGUCAAUGCACACGCUUUUUAACCUCAGGACGGACGCGAAUAUGAAUGGGAACCGACUAGGGGGCGUUCCGAGGCUAGGUGCCGUGGUGGGCUUCUCUUGCAGGAUACCGUUCCCCGGGGGUACAUUGGCAGAGAAACGACAGCUUUUGAACCUGGAAGACGUCCCGGAGGACAACGAAGUGAUCCGGAACACGCCUGUGCUCCUGGAGCAUUGCGCCGAUGAUCCGCUAAUCAAGGUGGACUUGGGCCGGGACCUGCGGGAUCAACUGGAAAGCUACGGGUCGCCAAUUACGUGGAAGGAGUACCCAGACGGAGGCCACUGGUUCAACUGGCCAACCGGCAUGGACGACGUCGUCCAAUUCCUGCACCGCGAGUUACGUCUCGGGGAAGAGCUAAGAACAUAGCAUUCGCUCAUCGUUUUUUAAGACGCGAUGCAGGGGACGGCGAUAACGAUGGGGGGGAUCCUGGGAGGGCUACAAUGUAGACCCUGCUAGGGCCGGAUGGUGCAGUUCUGGAAACGGGAGAGGACAAAAAUAUGCGAUAACACACGGCACGACGCAGUGCCCGGUCUAGACUACGUUCUCGGUUAUAGGAGUAAUGGCUUGGUGGGAAAAUGGGGAAAUGGAGAAGCAACGCUCUGGUUAGAUUGGGAGAGGC